AUGAACCAAUCGUCAUCCAUCGUACAACAGCAAUUGCUCACGCAAUUGCAAUCGUAUUUACCCUUGCAAUGGCAGUCUCAACUGGAAUCCCCAUUGCUAAUGGCCACGCAAUUGCUAGCGCAAUUGCGUGCCCAUUACAACCAGGCAUCCCCCAUAGAUCUCAUCAAAGAUUACCUCUUCCUCCUGCUCAUCUACAAAUCCCUCCAUUUUUUCUGCAAAAACUUGUACAUGUACGGUCCCCUCGGCUCGCUUAAAAAAAUCCAUCAUAUCGUAUCCAAAAAAUUCUUUAAUUUCAUUCUGCAUUCCAUCUUGACUUCCAAAGUAGACAAAGAAAUCUCAAAGGCUCUAGACACCAUCCAAGAAGAAUUGAUCAGAGACGACCCUUCACUGUUGAGUUUCCCAGCAUUACCUUCCAAGGGACUUUCCCACGAGGAAAUCAUGCAAGAAGUUGAUAGAAUGCAAGCCAUCAUUCCUCAUUCCAAUUGGGAAGACGGUAGAGUCUCAGGGGCUGUUUAUCAUGGCGGUAAACAGUUGAUUCAUUUGCAAAGUAUUGUUUAUGAGAAGUUUUGUGUGGCUAACCAAUUACAUCCAGAUGUUUUCCCUGCAGUCAGAAAGAUGGAAUCCGAGAUUGUUUCCAUGGUUUUGAAUAUGUUCAAUGCUCCAUCCACCGGAUGCGGUACUUCCACUUCCGGUGGUACUGAAUCUUUACUUCUUGCAUGUUUGAGUGCAAAGAUGUAUGCUUAUCAUCACAGAGGCAUACGUAAACCGGAAAUGAUUGCUCCAAUCACUGCUCAUGCUGGUUUUGACAAAGCUUCCUAUUAUUUCGGUAUUAAAUUACAUCAUGUCGAAUUGGACCCCGUCACUUUCCAAGUUGAUUUGAAAAAAGUUAAACGUUUAAUUAAUAAAAAUACCAUCUUGUUAGUUGGAUCGGCUCCUAAUUAUCCUCAUGGGAUUAUAGAUGAUAUUGAAGGGUUAAGUGUCUUGGCCACUCGUUAUAAUAUCCCGUUACAUGUCGAUUGUUGUUUGGGUUCAUUUAUCAUUGCCUUUAUGGAAAAAGCUGGGUUCCAUGAUUUACCACUUUUCGAUUUCAGAUUACCUGGUGUCACUUCCAUCUCAUGUGACACUCAUAAAUAUGGGUUUGCCCCCAAGGGUUCCUCUACAAUCAUGUAUAGAACCCCAGAAUUAAGACAACAGCAAUAUUACGUAGAUCCUCAUUGGACUGGUGGAUUAUACGGUUCUCCAACUUUAGCAGGUUCAAGACCAGGUGCUCUAAUGGCUGGUUGUUGGGCUACUAUGGUGAAUAUCGGUGAUGACGGCUAUACCAAAUCAAGUCAUGAUUUGGUCACCAUUGCAAGAAGAAUGAAAAAAUUCAUCCAAGAAAAUAUUAAACAAGUCCAAAUCAUUGGUGAUCCAUUAUUGACUGUUGUUGCAUUGAGAUCAAACGUCAUCGAUAUUCAUGAGAUGGCCGAUAAAAUGUCCAAGAAAGGUUGGCAUUUAUGUUCAUUACAAAGACCGGCCUCUGUCCAUAUCUGUGUCACCAGAAGUAAUUUCGACAAGAUAGACGAAACGCUAAGAGUCUUGAAAGAAGUCGCCGACGAGAUGGCUGCAGAUCCAAAUGCCAAACCUUCAAGUGCAGGUACAAGUGCUCUAUACGGUGUUGCUGGAUCUGUAAAGACUACAGGUGUCGUUGACAAGAUGAUUGUAGGCUUCUUAGAUGCCUUGUACAAAUUAAGUCCUGAAGAGUUUGAAAAUACAAAAUCCAAAGAUCAUGCAAGAAAAUACUAA